AUGAUUGUUUUAAAGAGCAGUGGCUGUCUUGAACAUGUACUUGGCUGCCUCAGGUGCAGGAGGCACAACUAUAUACUGGACUACUGCUUGAGAGCCCACGCUGCUCCUGUGUGGGGAUCCCAGCUCCUGUGGGGGGUCCUGGUUCCUGGACUGGGGGUCCCAGCUCCACAGUGGCUUCACCAAGUCAGCCUUAGAAGCGCAGGGAGCACAAAGUUCCCGCCAGACUCAGUCCCUUUCUUGUCGCUGGAAGUUAGAGCUGCAUCAGUCUGCCAGCCUUUCGUACUCCUUCCCAAUUUAUCUCUAAUGACAAUAAUGUCAAUUUACCAUCACGUAACAACACCUAAUAAAAUCCUGGUACAUUUAAUCCCAGCUGUAUCUGAGAUGAACCUCAAAGACAUCACCCUAAGUGAAAGAAGUCAGACAGAGAAGGCCACCCAUGCGUGA